ACUCCAUUUCCUGCUACUUGCUCAUCCUCAACCCUCAAACGCCUCUCUUUACCACCGAUUCUGCUGCUUUUUCUUCUUUCUUCUUUAGAUUUCUAGGUUUGAAGAAGAUUGUGAUCAAUAGUAAUCGCUUAAGUUAAAAAAAAAUGGCAGAUACAGAGACGUUUGCGUUCCAAGCAGAGAUCAACCAGUUGUUGAGUUUGAUCAUCAACACUUUCUACUCCAACAAAGAGAUCUUCCUUCGUGAGCUUAUCAGCAAUGCCUCUGAUGCAUUGGACAAAAUUAGAUUUGAGAGCUUGACAGAUAAAAGCAAGCUAGAUGCUCAACCUGAGCUCUUCAUUCACAUUAUUCCUGACAAGACCAACAACACAUUGUCCAUCAUUGACAGUGGUAUUGGCAUGACCAAGGCUGAUUUGGUGAACAAUCUUGGUACCAUUGCAAGGUCUGGAACCAAAGAGUUUAUGGAGGCAUUGGCUGCUGGAGCUGAUGUGAGCAUGAUUGGACAGUUUGGUGUUGGUUUCUAUUCAGCUUACUUAGUUGCUGAGAAGGUUAUUGUGACCAGCAAGCACAAUGAUGAUGAACAGUAUGUUUGGGAGUCCCAGGCUGGAGGGUCUUUCACCGUUACCAGAGACUCUGGUGAGAACCUCGGCAGGGGUACAAAAAUUACUCUUCACCUUAAGGAGGACCAGCUUGAGUACCUCGAGGAGCGCCGCCUUAAGGAUUUGAUCAAGAAGCACUCUGAGUUUAUCAGCUACCCAAUCUCUCUCUGGAUUGAGAAAACUACCGAGAAGGAGAUUUCUGAUGAUGAGGAUGAGGAAGAGAAGAAGGACGAGGAAGGAAAGGUUGAGGAAGUUGAUGAAGAGAAAGAGAAGGAGGAAAAGAAAAAGAAGAAGAUUAAGGAGGUGUCCCAUGAGUGGUCUUUGGUUAACAAGCAGAAACCCAUCUGGAUGAGGAAGCCUGAGGAAAUCACCAAGGAAGAGUAUGCUGCUUUCUACAAGAGCCUUACCAAUGAUUGGGAAGAGCACUUGGCUGUCAAGCACUUCUCUGUUGAGGGCCAGCUUGAGUUCAAGGCCAUCCUAUUUGUUCCUAAGAGGGCUCCUUUUGAUCUUUUUGACACUAGGAAGAAGCCUAACAACAUCAAGCUCUAUGUUCGCCGUGUUUUCAUCAUGGACAACUGUGAGGAGCUAAUUCCUGAGUACCUUGGAUUUGUCAAGGGUAUUGUUGAUUCUGAGGAUCUUCCUCUUAACAUUUCUAGAGAGAUGUUGCAACAGAACAAGAUCCUGAAGGUUAUCCGAAAGAACUUGGUGAAGAAGUGUGUUGAGCUCUUCUUUGAGAUUGCAGAAAACAAGGAAGACUACAACAAAUUUUAUGAGGCAUUCUCUAAGAACCUCAAGCUUGGUAUCCAUGAGGACUCCACCAACAAGACCAAGCUUGCUGAAUUGCUCCGAUACCACUCCACCAAGAGUGGUGAUGAGUUGACCAGUCUCAAGGACUAUGUGACCAGGAUGAAGGAGGGCCAGAGUGAUAUCUACUACAUCACUGGUGAGAGCAAGAAGGCUGUUGAGAACUCCCCAUUCCUUGAGAAGCUAAAGAAGAAGGGUUAUGAAGUCCUUUUCAUGGUUGAUGCUAUUGAUGAGUAUGCUGUUGGUCAGCUGAAGGAGUUUGAGGGUAAGAAACUUGUAUCUGCUACUAAGGAAGGUCUAAAGAUUGAUGAGAGUGAAGAUGAGAAGCAAAAGAAGGAGCAACUCAAGGAGAAGUUUGAGGGUCUGUGCAAGGUGAUCAAGGAUGUCUUGGGAGACAGGGUGGAGAAGGUUGUGGUCUCAGACCGUGUUGUUGAUUCCCCCUGCUGUUUGGUCACUGGUGAAUAUGGCUGGACUGCCAACAUGGAAAGGAUCAUGAGGGCACAAGCUUUGAGAGACAACAGCAUGGCUGGUUACAUGUCAAGCAAGAAGACCAUGGAGAUCAACCCUGAGAACCCCAUCAUGGAGGAACUGAGGAAGAGAGCUGAUGCUGACAAGAAUGACAAGUCAGUGAAGGAUCUUGUCCUGCUGCUAUUUGAGACUGCUCUUCUCACAUCUGGGUUCAGCCUUGAUGACCCCAACACCUUCGGAAACAGGAUCCACAGGAUGUUGAAGCUUGGAUUGAGCAUUGAUGAGGAUGCAGGUGAGGGAGAUGGUGACAUGCCUCCUCUUGAGGAUGCAGAGGUUGAUGCUGAGGGAAGCAAGAUGGAGGAAGUUGAUUAAGCCCUUUGUUCUUUUUCUUUAUAACUUAGCUAUCUGAUGAACAUUUUACUUGGUGGUUCCUUUUUUUUUAUUUUUUCCUUUUUAUGCUGUGGUACUGUUUUAGUGAUCAUCCUAGAUGCUUAAUGCCCUAUUAUGAUGAGAUAAUUUUGAAUAGUGUUCAUUUGGAACUGCCUUAGAUGGUUUUUUUUUUAAACAAUAUAGUUCUUUUUAUGCAGUAAGGUGAACUUGUUUCCCGCUA